AAAGUUUUUUUUAUCCUGUUCCUUCUCAGCCAUUCAUUGAUUAUAAAGAAAAGGAAGGUCCCAGCCUGCAUUGCAGAGCCAUCAGAACAGGCAUCCUGAGCUUUGAGGGUGAGGCUGAAAGUUCUCUCCUCCUGCCUCCAAGAACCAUGGUCCCUCUGGCUAUCCUUUUCAUCCUCAUCAUUUCAGUACCUGGUUUCUGCUUUGAAUCUAAGUUUGGAACUAAAGGCCUUGGAUAUGACAUUCCAACUUCCUGCUGCCACUCUUAUACCCAUCACCGGCUCCCAUACCACCUCAUAGUAGACUUCUAUGAGACCAGCAGCCUGUGCCUCAAGCCAGCCAUCGUCUUCCUCACCAGUAAAGGUCGCCAGAUCUGUGCCAACCCCAAAUAUGAGUGGGUACAAAGGUACAUCUUACUUCUGAAACAGAAAAUAAGGACUGAAUAAUGCUACUCCUACCUGGAACAUCUCUACAAAAGCACUCAACUUUCUCUACCUAAAAAAUAAAAAUGAUUUCUAAAAAUAAA